AUGUUGGUCAAUUCAGGAUUUCCACCGAUAGCAGUGAAAGGUGGAUACGAUACAGACGGAUCUCCUCACUACGUGGGGCGUGCAUAUCACGAGGGCAGCCUACUGCCGGCAAAAGUAAGUCCAAGCAGAGGUCUUGCCCAUGUGGCCAACUACGGAAAGGAGCACAAAAAGACUACCUUCGACGUUCUUGUGGGUGAAGGAUAUAGCUGGGUCCCCGAUAACUAUGGUCACGUGCCUGCCACGGCAGUGAUCGGUGGUAAAAAGAAGAACGGAGAAAUCUUGUAUAUAGGUCGUGCAAUGUACAAGAACAGUCUGGUCAUAGGGAAGAUUGAUCAAUCACAUGGCUGCCUGUAUAUCCCAUUCGGUGGAAAGGAAGUAGCGAUAAGACAAUACGAAGUCCUGGUCCGCUAGGAGCACUGUAUUUAAAUAAAAAUGAUUUUGACACUUUGAAUGGUAUAUGUAGAGAAAUUUAAAAUCAAAAAUGCAAUUUAAAUAAAUAUUAUUUUUAAAAAUAAA